AUGGCCAGUCCUCGCAUUGAUCCUCCCCAGCUCAUGGGCGUCACAGGCGACGAAUGCGCAUCCUGCAAUGCCACCACCGUCCCCCUGUACGACCUCUCCUGCCACACGAGCGACGACUUCCACUGCCGCAACUGCCUCACCUACACCUUCUACCAAGCCAGCGACGACAUCGUCCGGUGCCCACACUCUCCGUGCGGGCUCCCCGCAGGCUUUCCCGAGCUGGCACCCCUCACCAAGGACUUCCACCUGGACAACUACUUCUACGACCAAGAGCGCAUCGACAAGAUCCGGGAGCAGCCCGAAGUCAUGGACAACCUCAUCUGCUUCACGUCGCAGGAAGUCAUUGCCAUUUUCUAUCACGUCUACAGCAUGUUUGAAGACCAGAUCCUGGAUCCCGUGGCAUUCGGCGGCGUCCCGGGAUACUUUAUCAAGGACACGGACGAGACGCUGCGAGCGAGCUUCGAUCUCAACCCGUUUGUGUGCGGGUUUCUGAUUGAGAUGGGCGGCUCGCUGAAGCUGGUUAGCACGCCCAAGGAGCUGGAAGAGGGUAUGUUGUCUCUUCUCAAUCGCCUGCUGCACGACUAUGCGAGCAUGCAUUAUGGCACCGAGCUGUCCCGUUGGGGCGUCGAUUUGACCUCUGAGGAAGAUGUGCUUAAGACGGCUUUGGAGAACUACAAGCCUCUCGGGGAUAUCAAGGAGAACUGGGAAAUGAUUACUAAGAAGUGGGUCGAGUUGUUGGCUUGGAGGCAUGUGGAGCGCCUGGCGCCGCCUGAGGGCGGUGCUGCAGAGCGUCGGGACUUCAAGUUCUGA